AUGGAAUUGGUGCGCUAUUCGAAAUGCCCCGUCCCGUGCGAUGAAGACGGAAUGUGCUAUGGUCUAAAGGGGUACUCAUUCCCUGUCAUCUGUUCCAACCUCGAAUCGAACUUUCUCGCUGUCGCCACUAACUACUCGCCCUCGUCGUCCGACCUGGUAUUCGUCGUCGCGUUCGUGCUUCUUGUCGCCUACCUCCUGCGC